AUGGAGCUCUUCCAAAACCUCGUGGACAUAGACGUGACCGCAGACCGGACCCCGCUUCUGAGAUUCUUCAUUUGUCUGGUGUAUUCGGUCGUUUGCGCUGCGGGUCUGAUUGGCAACCUGCUGGUCCUCUUCUUUAUCAGGGUCAAACAAGAAAGGAAGAAGUCCAGAGUGAACUUUUUCGUGUUCAAUUUGGCCGUUACGGACCUGCAGUUUGUUCUCACCCUGCCCUUCUGGGCCGUGGACACUGCGCUGGACUUCAGCUGGCCUUUUGGAUAUGCAAUGUGCAAAAUCAUCCUGUCCGUCACCGUGAUGAACAUGUACGCCAGCGUGUUUUUCCUCACCGCCAUGAGCGUGACCCGCUACUGGUCGGUCGCUUCUGCCCUGAAGAACAGAACCGCGCGGAGAUCGUGCUCCGCCAAAUGGGUCUGCGCAAUUAUUUGGAUACUGGCGACUCUGGCGACUGCGCCCACGUCGAUUUUCUCAACAGUCACCAGCGUAACUGGAGAAAAACUGUGUCUGCUGAGGUUUCCAGGUGGACAGUACUGGUUAGCACUCUACCACAUACAGAAAAUCGUCGUAGGCUUUGUUUUGCCCAUGUCAAUCGUGUCCAUGAGCUACAUCAUGCUGCUGCGCUUCAUCCGCAAACGGAGUAUGAAAACCAGCAACCCCAAACGCAGAUCCCAAGUUACAAAAUCUAUCACCAUCGUCGUGCUGUGCUUCUUUCUUUGCUGGAUGCCAAAUCAUGCCAUGACCUUGUGGAGCGUACUGGUCAAACUGAACGCUGCAAACUGGGAUAAUGCGUACUACACGGUUCAUACGUAUGUGUUCCCACUGACAGUGUGUCUGGCGCAUACCAACAGCUGCCUCAACCCAAUCAUUUACUGCCUAAUGAGAAAGGAGUUUAGGACCAAACUGAGAGGUCUGAUACACAGAGGAUAG